UAGUAAUUUUACGAACUAGGGUUUUUCAUGUAACUACAAAGCCCCCGCCUGACUUCCGCUUUUCUUUCUCUGAAACCCUAGCGUCUGUGUGGAAGGUUGGACUUGUGAGGCGGAUAGAAGCUAAGAACUUUCCUCUGCAAAAAUGGGGAUUUCUCGUGAUUCGAUGCACAAGAGGCGUGCCACUGGUGGCAAGAAGAAGGCUUGGAGGAAGAAGAGAAAGUAUGAGCUUGGAAGGCAGCCUGCAAACACAAAACUGUCAAGCAACAAGACAGUCAGGAGAAUUAGGGUCAGAGGUGGAAAUGUCAAGUGGCGUGCUUUGAGGCUUGAUACCGGAAACUAUUCAUGGGGUAGUGAGGCUGUUACUCGGAAGACCAGAAUUCUUGAUGUGGUGUACAAUGCAUCUAACAAUGAGCUUGUCCGUACUCAAACAUUGGUGAAGAGUGCAAUUAUUCAGGUUGAUGCUGCACCAUUCAAGCAGUGGUAUCUUCAGCAUUAUGGAGUUGACAUAGGUCGCAAGAAGAAAACUGCAGCUGCCAAGAAAGAAGGAGAGGAAGGUGAAGCUGCCACUGAGGAAGUGAAGAAGAGUAACCAUGUCUUAAGAAAGCUGGAGAAGAGACAGCAGACUCGCAAACUUGACCCUCAUAUUGAAGAACAAUUUGGUAGUGGUCGUCUAUUAGCUUGCAUCUCAUCCCGCCCUGGUCAGUGUGGCCGUGCUGAUGGGUACAUCUUGGAGGGUAAAGAGUUGGAGUUCUACAUGAAGAAACUUCAGAGGAAGAAGGGUAAGGGAGCUGGUGCUGCCUAAAAUUUUUGUUGUCAGAACCUCAUAUUAUGAUCGGACUUGUGUUCCCACCUUAUUAUUUCCCUUAUAAUUGGACCAUGUAUUUUUAUGAGAUGAGCAACUAAGCUUGUUUUACCAACUAGUUUUUAUUGUGGAAUUAAUAGAAUCGUUUACCAGUCGUGUUCAUACAAA